AUGGAUUUUCAAUAUUUGAAUCAAAUAUCUAAUAGAUUAUUAUUAUAUAAUAAUGAAUAUGGGCUUGAUGAUAAUAAUAUAGAUAAGGAAUUAGAAAUAUUAAAAUAUACAAAAUUGAACAAAACACCAAUAAAUAAGGAAUAUUUUGAUUCAGAUAAUGCAAAUGUCAACAGAGUACUUUCUGAAAAAUUAGGUAAUAUUAAUGUUAAAUGCUUUAAUAAGAUCUAUAACAAUAAACAGGAAAUGCAAUCUUUUUUUAAUAAUUCUAAAUUAAAUGGGACUUUACAGCAAAUAAGAGAUGCACUAAAUUCUCUAUAUAUUGAUCAAACUCGUCCUCAUAUACAAGAACUAUUAAGACGUAUACAAGAGAGAAGUACUGAAAGUUUUAGAAAUAUGAAAUUUGGUACAAAAGAAUUACUUAAUGAGUUAUAUAUUCAUAAGGAUGAAUUUUUCGUUUCUGAGAGUGGUGAAGUAUAUUUCACUAAUAAUAAAGUUGAGGAAUCCCAUUGGAUUGAUCCUAAGAAUCCUGAAGAUCCUUAUUCACCUAGUAUUUGGAAGGCUUUUAUGCAGUAUAUACACAAUCUAAUAAGAAUUGGAAAUUUUAAUCCCCAUUUUUCUAAUUCAUCUCAUAUUGAAAGUGAUAAAUAUCAACUAAAUAAUAAUUCAGGAUUUAGUUACGACUAUCUUAAUUAUAAGAAUAAUCAGGUAACUCCAAUUUUAAUGAGAUAUCAAUUCAAAGGUGGGCGUUAUGGAGUAGCUAUUGAGAUUCACAAAGCAAAUAUUCCAGAAUUGAAAGAUUUAUCUGUAGGUCAAAUAUGUCAUCUAGUUCAGUUAGCAAUAAGUAAGGGCAUACUUCAAUAUGAAAAUAAUGUUUUACAACCAAGGUGCACAUGUUUGAAGAUUGCAGCAGCUGUUUUAGCCUUAGAUAUUGAGAAAGAUAAUGGAAAGUUUGAUAAAGGAAUACUUAAUAAAAGCUUUGUUUUUAAUGAUAGAAAAAAUUCCUCAUCUUCUAUAACUACUACAGAUACUGAAGAUAAUAGUUCAAUUAAUACAAGUCCAUAUAGAAAAUCAUUAGCUGCUGACAUUAUAACUCUGAGAAAGCAAAUACAAAGAAUAUUAAGAGAUUAUCCUGAAGGUAUUCUUCUGAGCUUAUUAAAAAAGUAUUUUGUUUCAUGUUGGAAUACAAAGCUAUGUCCAACAGUUUAUGGGUAUACCAGGAUAUCAGCUUUACUAUUGUCCGAUAAUUUAAAAGAUAUUUGUAGAUUAUAUGUUGAUUCUAAAAAUCAUGUAUUAGUACAGUCUACAAAUUAUCAGAUUCCAGAAAAUGUGAGGUUUCUUGAGGAAGAAAAAAGUAAUAAGAACACUGCAUCUAUAGAUUUAGAGCUUUUACAACCUAAUCAAGCUAUGUAUAAUAUUACAUUCGAGUAUAUGAAGGCACUUAGAUUUUUUAAUAAUACAAUAAUUUACGAUCAAUCACAUAAUAAUAGUGUUAAUAAAUCAUUUUUUAAUAGUCAAGAUAUUAUUUAG